GCCAAAAUGACGGCCCCGCCGGCGCAUCUCCACGUCGAAUCCAUACAGACCGCGAUCCCGAUACGCAUCGCGGUGGAGCGAGGCCGGACGCUUCCCAUCGCUGUGUCCGGAACGCCGCCGAUCACCGCUGAGGAGCUGCAGCGCCGGUUCCGCGUGGUGCUCUACUACCGCGACGCGGACGGCGAUCACCGGCCGGACGACGAGGCGAGGGCGCGGCUCGAGCAGGCUACGUGGGUGCAGGAGGCGCUGAGCGCGGCGCUGUCCGACGAGCCGAAGAUGGCUGGGCGACUGCGGCGGCGCUCCCGCGGUGAUGGCCCGUGGGAGGUGAAGCUGAACGACUCGGGCUUGCGGCUGCUCACGGCGUCGGCGGACACGACCAUGGCAGCGUUCCUGGAGGCCGGUGACCGGGAGAGCAAGGAGGCGGCGCUGGCGCUGUGGACCGACGUGGACACGCAGGACCCCGAGAUGUGUGCGCCUUUCUUCAUGCAGGUAGUAACGUAUAGACAUGGAAUUCAGAAUUCCCCUUCGUGCUUUUUCUGUUCCGUGCUCCCUUUUGAAAAUUUUGAGGUGCAGUUGACAUGGUUCAGCGACGGCGGCUACGCCAUCGGCGCGUGCUGCAGCCUGCUCCACGCCGACCCGCUGUCUCUGAUCAACUUCCUCAAGACGUGGGCUCGAGCGCACGCCCAAGUGCAGCAGCAGAGCAAGCUCGUCCUCAACCCGGUGAUCCGGUACACGCGCUAUUUCCGCAGCCCGCGCGCCGCCACCAAGCGCCUCAGGUCCUUUCCCCUCGUCCCCACGGCCGACGGCGCCACCACGACGACAACCGUGCUCUUCAGGAUCGUCGGCGAUGAUGCGCCGGCAGACCGCGGCGCGCUCGCCGAUGCGUGCGUCGCCCAGGCCAGCGAGAAGCUGGGGCUCGAGAGGCCGGCGCGGUUCACGGUUCUCGCCGGCGACGGCUUGGGAGGGCUGAACGUCGUGCGCGCGUGCAAACCGGGAGGCGACGGUGAGACCACGCCGCAGUGUCACGUCCAGGCGCUUCGAGUCGCAUGCUGGAACGAGGCCGGUCUCGAGGAGGUCGUGCUGGAUGGGUGCAAGCCCCUGCACGUCUCGUGCGGUAUCGUCUCGCCUUGCGCCGACGAGGGGCUUCUCGUUGUGAUGCCGGCAGCGGCAGGGUGUGCCGAGUUCUUCAUCAGUGCAACUGUUCCGAGCUAGGAAGCAUAGCAAAGCUGGGAUGUGAGAUAUCUGGUUUACAUGCGAAAAUACGUAUUGGCUCCUAGGUACUCAUGAACCAUGAACCCGAGU